GUAAGUACUUACUCCGUCUUGAGACCGCAGGUGCGACAGCGACUUGCGUAUAUGCCUCAGGGAUGUAGAGUCGGGUUUAACCCUAGGGUUUCUAACCGUACGCGUAACUCUGCCCUGCGCGGCGAAAUCCGGUACCCUGUCUAUAUGACUCUUGUUACAGUGAAAGAAGUGGAAAAUAGGGCUUCCCGUCCGCUCAGCCGUACUCAAGCCACUUGCCGGUCAGUUAGUAGUAUGGUGGGUGACCACAUGCGAAUCCUGACUGUUUUAAUGUUAGCUUUUUUGAGAAAUUCAAGGUAUCAAAGUGCUGUUUUGUAUCGAAUAUCUAUAACUCGUCUCCAAUCGGGACGAGAAUUGGGUGCAGCACAAAUGCUGUACGAUGGUUGGUCGGGCUCUCGAACUACAGAAAUCGGAAGCCAUCCAGAGUGGAGACUUGCUGCGUCCAAUGUGACAUAUCAGGCGCCUGCAUCUUCACCUGCAGGUGCCGGAAUGUGGGCGGCAAAGCGGCGGCUCCGACAUAUACAUAUACAUGCUGUUCCAACUAGACUGAUAUUAGAAAUGUCUCGUUCUCUCCGAUGGGAAUUGGCCGGACGCGUUGCAGGUUGCGUCUUAAUAGGACUAUCUCGUCCGAUAUACUACCUAGGUAGUCCUGAAGAAGUGCCUUUCUUCUAGCAGGACAGCGGUUAGACAUCACAAUAUGAUACUUUCGAAGAUG